AUGUCUCUCCCUCGUCCCCUCCUCUUGAUUGUAUGGCUUCUUCUUGCUUUCAGCAGUACUUCCCAAGCUCAAGUUGAACGUGGCGAUGAUUUGGCCGCCAUCAAAUUGGAUCCAAGCCUCAAGUUCGAGAAUGGGAGGCUCAGGAAAGCCUACAUUGCCCUGCAAGCAUGGAAACUGGCCAUCUUGUCCGACCCAUUCAACUUCACUGCUAAAUGGCACGGCCCUGAUGUCCGCUCCUACAAGGAUAUCUUCUGCGCUCCCUCUCCAUCUAAUUCUUCCCUCCGAGUGGUAGCCGGCAUCGAUCUUAACCAUGCCGACAUCGCUGGACACUUGCCUCCGGGGCUUGGCCUGUUGAAAUAUAUUGCUCUAUUCCACCUCAACUCCAACCACUUCUGCGGUAGCGUGCCCUCCACCUUCCGCCACAUGAAGCUGCUACGAGAGCUUGACCUCAGCAACAACCACUUCGUUGGCAAGUUCCCAGAGGUGGUUCUGAGGUUGCCAUCCCUCAAGUACUCGGAUCUCCGAUACAAUGAGUUUGAGGGUGGCGUGCCUUCCCAGCUCUUUGACAAAGAUCUGGACGCCAGCUUCCUCAAUGACAACAGGUUCCGAUUCGGCAUCCCACGGAACCUGGGCAAGUCGCCAGUGUCAGUGCUUGUGUUGGCAAACAACGACCUUGGGGGAUGCAUUCCAAGUAACAUUGGGGAGAUGGGCAAGACCCUAAACGAGAUCAUCCUGCUAAAUGACAACCUCACGGGGUGCCUUCCUCCACGGGUGGGAUUGCUCAAGCAACUCACCGUCUUCGACGUGAGCUUCAACCGCCUCCAAGGACCACUCCCCUCUGGCAUUGGGGCUAUGAAGAAGUUGGAGCAGCUCAAUGUCGCCCACAAUGGCUUCACUGGGAUCAUACCAAGCAGAGUGUGCCGCCUGCCUAUGCUGCAAAACUUCACCUACUCUUUCAACUAUUUCAAUGGGGAAGCCCCAACUUGUUCUAAUGCUCAAAUUAGAACACUAGAUGGACAUCAAAAUUGCAUUCCUAGAAAGAUAUACCAGAGAUCUUCAAGAGAGUGCUCCUCUGCAACUGCAAGCCAUGUGAAGUGCAGCCAGUUGAAAUGCUCUUAUCGAUCCGCUUCAUCUCCAGAGUCAAGAAUUAGAAGUCCUCGCCCACCGCCACCUGCUCAAUCCCACUCGCCUCGCUCUUUCAUUGGCCCUUCACCCCCACCACCUCCUCAGUCUUCUCCUUCCACGAGAUCCCACCAGCCUCCGCCACCCCCCACAAAGUUUCAGCUGUUACCCGUCUUCCCCCACCACCACCUUCCACCAUCCUUCACACCAUUGCCUCCACCUCCAGCAGAAAAGGUGUCACCGAGCGAACAUCUUAUGCCGCCCCCACCAACAUCAGAGUAUGCAACUCCUGAAGAGUACUCUCGUCCUCCUCCUCCUCCUCUUCCUCCUCCUCCUCCUCCUACCUACAAGCAUUUAACAACUCCCCUGCCUAACACACCUCUCCUUGCCCCCUCGCCAAUUCGUGCUACUUAUCCCCCACCACCACCCCCCACACAACACCAGUACUCAAUGCCGCCGCCGCCACUGCCGCUGCCACCGCCGCAGCACGAGUAUUCAACAACACCCCUGCCUCCACCUUCACCAAGAUAA